AUGAAGUGUGGAAAUGGAAAAACCGCAUCUAUUUCAGAAGAUGAACUAAUUUUUGUCCUUUUUAUUUUUCUAAGGCAACUUAUAUUAGACGGGCAAUGGGAGGAAGUUUUGCAGUUCAUCCAGCCGUUGGAGUGCCUGGAUAAAUUUGACAGAAAGAAAUUUCGAUAUAUCGUCCUAAAACAGAAGUUUCUGGAAGCUCUGUGUGUAAACAACGCCAUAUCUGCGGCAGAUGACCCUGAUAAUCUGGAGCUGACCAUGCAAGAUGCGGUGAAGUCCCUUCAUUCCCUGGAAGAGUUCUGCCCAACCAAAGAAGACUACAGCAAGCUCUGCCUGCUCCUCACGUUCCCGCGCCUCACCCACCACGCCGAAUUCAAGGACUGGAACCCCAGCACGGCCCGCGUGCACUGCUUCGAGGAGGCCUGCUCCAUGGUGGCUGAAUUCAUCCCUGCCGACCGCAAACUGAGCGAAGCCGGAUUCAAAGCCAGCGGUGACCGUCUGUUCCAGCUCCUCAUCAAGGGAAUCCUGUACGAAUGCUGCGUUGAGUUCUGCCAGAGCAAAGCCACUGGAGAGGAAAUCAAUGAGGAGGAGGUUCUCCUCGCCGUCGACGUCCUGUGUGGGAAUGGUUGCGAGGAACUGGACUUGAGUUUGUUGUCUUGGCUGCAAAACCUCUCGCCGUCGGUCUUCGCUUGCGCAUUUGAGCAGAAGACCCUCAGCAUCCACGUGGACCGGCUCAUCAAACCGGUCCGGACGGGUCACGCAGAUCUUCUCACACCUCUGCUCACCAAACUCUCGCCCUGCCCAGCAUCGCCUCUGCGGCGGCCCCACUCGGCGGAUACUUACAUGUCCCGCUCUCUCAAUCCCGCCCUGGACGGUCUGUCCCACGGCUUGGUGGGAAGGGAAAAGAAAAGCACGGAAGGUGACGGGAAAGCAUCGGCCAUGUCGCAGUCGUUCGCCAACUUUGGGUAUCCUUCAGGAGGAAAUGGAAGCAAAAACGCAAUGGAGAGCAACGUCCUCAGUGAUUCGCCUGACAGAGCACCGGACGAGAGGAUAAACGGCUCAGGAGGAGCGAACUCACUGCGUCCUCCACUGACUCCUGGCAGAGAUGGUGGAGCCAUGGGUUCAGCUGAAAAAUCGGAGGAGCAGCUUCAGGAGUUCCAGCGGCAGCGGCUGCGGGUGCAGCAGCAUCUCGAGCAGAAGCAGCAGCAGAGGCAGCUGUACCAUCAGAUGCUGCUGGAGGGUGGAGUUCAUCCCCCAGAUCAGCCCACAGACGCAGCGCAGCACAAUCUCACACAGAAGUUCCUCAACAGGUCCAUUCAGAAACUGGAGGAGCUGAAUGUGGGAAUGGAGGACCUGGGUGAAGAUGUCCAGGCUUUGGCCCAGCAGUGUAACGGUACAGCAGCGAGCGGAGCCAGUAAACAGACCCCAGAGACCGGCUCAGGCCAGAACAAGACCGCAGUGAUCAGCAGCACCCCUCAGAAGGGAGGAGGCCGAGGUGUCCCGUCUCUGGACGAGUCCCCAGUGCUGGUCAACCAGAGUGUGUUUCAGGACGAGAAACCCAAAUCCCCAUUUGUUGCAGUGCAGACGCUGGAGGACACGCAGGCUGUGCGCGCGGUCGCCUUCCACCCGUCCGGGACCCUCUACGCAAUCGGCUCCAACUCCAAAACACUGCGUGUCUGCACUUACCCACAAUCCCUCAAAACCAGCGCUCAGGGUCCAGUCAAACAGCCCGAGAUCUGCUUUAAGCGUAUUAAACACCAUAAAGGCUCUAUUUACUGUGUGGCCUGGAGUCCCUGUGGGCAGCUUCUCGCCACGGGCUCCAAUGACAAGUACGUCAAAGUUCUUCCGUUCAAUGCAGACACCUGCAACGCCACAGGUCCAGAUCUAGAGUUCAGCAUGCAUGACGGCACCAUCAGAGACCUGGCGUUUAUGGAGGGUCCCGAGAGCGGAGGGGCGAUCCUGAUCAGUGCUGGUGCUGGAGACUGUAACAUCUACACCACUGACUGCCAGAGAGGACAGGGGCUGCAUGCGCUCAGCGGACACACAGGACACAUCCUGUCUCUGUACACGUGGGGCGGGUGGAUGAUCGCCUCCGGCUCUCAGGAUAAGACGGUGAGGUUUUGGGACCUGCGUGUGCCCAGCUGUGUGAAGGUGGUUGGGACAGCCCUGCAUGGAACAGGAAGUGCUGUGGCCUCGGUGGCGGUGGAUCCCAGUGGGCGGCUCAUGGCCACCGGAUUGGAGGACUGUCGCUGCAUGCUUUAUGACAUCAGAGGAGGUCGAAGCGUCCAGGCGUAUCGGCCGCACACCAGCGACGUGCGUUCAGUGCGCUUCUCUCCUGGAGCUCACUAUCUGCUCACCGGCUCCUACGACAACAAAGUCAUGAUCACUGACCUUCAAGGGGAUCUCACCAAAACGCUGCCGGUCAGUGUGGUCGCUGAACACGCUGAGAAAGUGAUCCAGUGCCGGUGGCACACCAGAGACCUGUCCUUCCUGUCCUCCUCAGCCGAUAAGACGGUCACACUGUGGGCAUAUCAGCCUUAACCACAGCAGAAGCCAAACACCGGAGUGAACGAGUGUGUCAAUGUGUGUUUGUUUGUAUUUCUUUGUAACUUCAGUACACUCACAUGAGGGAAAAAAA